AUGACACCAAUUACAAUUGCCAAUAAUCCGUUCAAGACGCUGCUCCUACUCGCGUGUGCACUAAGCACCGUUUCGUGUGCGUGGCGCGCGUGCACCGACCUGGACGCGCUGCUCAAGAUACCAUGCCGAUGCAACAUCGAAACCGCCGGUAAUAACAGCCAGCAUGUGUACGUGAACGUAAACUGCGACCGGACGACGCUAACGGCCCCGUUUCCGAAUGGCAUCCCGAUCAUUUCGUUUUCCCAGCGCAGCAGUGGCCACCAAACGUUACCGGAUCUGUCCAUUCUGAAUACGUCGGUGCGAAAGCUUGACUUUUCCAACAAUGCCCUCCGGUCGUUCGGCACCAAAGCCCUAUUUGCCAGCGUGGCCCAAGACUUGACGGAGCUACGGCUGGCCAACAAUCUGCUCGGCGACAGCCUGAAUCCCAUCCUGUCCACCGAUGUUCUGCAAGCGCUCGGUUCGCUCAAACUGCUCGAUCUGUCCGGCAACCACAUCAUCGCCCUGGAGGAGAGCAUCUUCGAUGGUAACCGGCGGCUGGUGGAGCUGUACCUUGACCAGAACAAGAUUGCCACCGUACCGGUGGCCGCCCUUAAGGAGCUGCCCGGCCUGAAGCUGCUGUCGCUACGUAGCAAUCGCAUCGACGCGCUUGAACCGGACGCGUUUAACUUCACCAAUAAACUGGAGAGGCUGGAUCUGCGCAACAACCGUAUCCGGAGCAUCAAAUCGAAGGCGUUUGCCAGCCUGGCCAACAUGAAGGAGGUCCUGCUGGCGGGCAAUCAGCUCAGCCACCUAGACGAGCGGGCCCUGGUUGGCAUGGACAUGCUGCAAAAGCUCGAUCUGUCCGACAAUCUGUUGCCCGAGUUUCCGUCGGAGGCGCUCGGAUCGGUCGUGUCGCUGAAGGUGCUUAACAUUUCGCUCAACAACAUCGCCAAGCUGGAGUUCAACCAUCUGGCGCAGCUGAGAAAUCUGCAAAUUCUAGAUAUCAGCCGCAACACGAUCGCCACCAUUUUGCCAGGAACGUUCCGGGAGCAGUUGCUACUGAAGUAUUUGGACCUGAGUUUAAAUUCCUUGCGAACGAUUGAAGAUGACGCAUUCGAGGGAUUGGAUAACUUACAGACGCUCAUUCUUCGCGACAACAACAUUCUACUCAUUCCAGGCAGUGCGCUCGGUCGCCUGCCGAAGUUGUCGAACUUGUACUUGGACUUCAACCGGGUGGCGGCACUCUCGUCGAGCAUUCUGAAAUCGAUCAAGCCGGAGAACAUCCGUUAUCUUUCGCUUUCACGCAACGUGAUCCGCGAGCUGCCAGGGGACAGCUUUGCCGCGUUCCGCAAGCUCAUCUAUCUCGACAUCUCCGGGAACAGUCUGGGUGUGAUCAGUGAGGACACGUUCAAGGGUCUCGAGGGAACACUGCUGGAGAUCAAGCUGUCGUACAAUCGGAUCGCCUCACUGCGCAAGAUAGCGCUGCCCAAGCUGCGCCGGUUGGAUCUGAGCUCGAACAAUAUCGACGAUCUAGCGAUCGACUCGUUCCACAGCCUGACCAGUCUGCUGUAUCUGAACGUGAGCGGAAAUGAGCACAUCGGACAGGUUACGCGCACUAUGAUCUACCCGCUGACCAAGCUGCAGGUGAUCGACGUGAGCCACUGCGGACUGAAGACGCUACAGGCCGAUCUGUUCCACAACAAUUCCGACCUGCGCAUCGCGAUGCUGAACCAUAACCAGCUGAAAGUGAUCGAGGAGGGUACCUUCCUGAAUCUGAACAACCUGUUCGAGCUGUCACUUGCAGGGAAUGGACUGGAGCACCUGAAGCCCCGAUCAUUCGUCAAUACGGUCAACCUGCGCACGCUUAACCUCCGCCAGAACGCGCUGCAUGAGAUGCGGGCCGAUAUGUUUACUACCGAAACGGCUCUAGAGGUGCUGGACGUUUCGCACAACGCCUUGAAGAGCUUCACCGUGAACACACUAAAGAUUCAUCCACGAUUGCGCAAGAUUCUCCUGGCGCACAAUCGACUGGAAGUGUUCCCGCCUGAGCUGAUCGCCGGCCUCGACCAUCUGGAGGUUAUCGAUCUGUCCGGUAACCGCCUGUCCACCAUCCAGCAGCUCGACUUUGGUCGGCUGGUGAACCUACGCGAACUGUAUCUGCGAGAGAAUGUGAUCGAUUCCGUGGCGGACAUGGCGUUCCAUAACUCCUCGCAGCUGCAAGUCCUCGAUCUAGCGGCCAACAAGCUCGAGCGGCUCUCGGAACGUUCGUUCGAGGGUACGCUUCGAUUGGACACGCUCGAUCUCAGCGAUAACAAGCUAACGUCACUCCCGGACCACGUGCUGGCAAAGAGUCGCGUACAUCGUCUCGAACGGAUCACGCUGGCGGGCAAUAAACUUAUGGGAGUACCAGUGGCCGCCUUUGGCGAUCAGCACGAAUCUCUGCAAACACUGGACCUGAGUCGCAACGCAAUUCGCGAGGUCCCGCGAGCAAGUCACAUGCUGAUGAUCAAUGCGAAGAAUGUCGACUUCUCGUACAAUCCACUGUCGCCGGAAGCGAUCGCGACGGUGUUGGGGCAGCCCAAAACGGUGCGCGCUCUCAAUCUGGCCGGUACGGGCGUUCGUGAGCUUCCAAUCCUGGAAACACCGUACCUACGGAGCCUUAACCUAUCCCAUAACAACAUCUCCGCCGUUAGCUCGAAAGCGUUCGAGAAGGUGACGCUCCUGGAACAGCUUGAUCUCUCGCACAACGCGAUCGCCGAUGCUGAUGGACUGCGGGAUAUUUGGCCAAAACUGGGUCUGCUCGGGUAUCUGGACCUUUCGAGCAACCCGAUCCGGACGAUCACCGCCACAACCUUCGAAAGACUGGAUGGCCUAACGGAGCUGUACAUUCGCGACUUACCCGAGAUUACGCGUCUUGAGAAGAACGCCUUCAAGCCGCUGAAGGACCUUGGCGUCCUCGAGGCUUAUCAGUUCGCCAAGUUGGGUUACAUCGAUGUGCAGGGAAUAGUGAAGGAGCUUCCGGUGUUGGCUGCAGUUGACAUCGAAACAAAGGACGCCAACCUCGAGUCGGACCAGCUGCAGGUGAUUCACCAUCCGAAACUGCACACCCUCGGUCUUCACGGGUACGCUCUGCAAAGCAUCUCAUCGGGGGCAUUUGCCGGGUUGCGUAACAAGUAUCUGACGGUGAGGCUGCACAACACCUCACUGACGGCGCUUCCUCCGGCUCUACUGCUUCCACUGCCACGUUCGGCUCACAUCGACUUUAGUGUCGCCGGGUCGAAGGUAAAUACGUUGACCCAACCAUUCCUGGGUUCACUGGAUGACCGAAAAAACACCAUCAAGAUCGAUGGGCUAGCGACGAACCCGGUAAGGUGCGACUGCCAGGCACGUGCCUUCCGGCGCUGGAUUCUAGCGGCGAAGGUAAACGAUGUGCGGUGCGCCAGUCCACCAGCGGUGGCGGGCAAGCUGCUAACCGAAGUCGGCGAUAUUGAACUCGUGUGCGAGGGUAAGGGUUCGACGACGCGAACGACGAUGGCAUCAUCGUCCACAGCGACCACCGGUAGCCGGACAACACCCACGAUUAGCUUCUACAACUACACCUCGGAGGUGCAGAUGACAAAGACGGCCGCCACCACCGAGCAUGACAUCAUCUGGAGCAUGCCGCCACUGUCCUCUUCGUCGUCGUCCUCGACGACAACGCGAACGAAAGGUUCGAAAUCGAAGAUCGCGUCCGCCGCGUUGCCCCCACUGAAGAAGAUGCCAUCGGCGAAUGACGACACACUGAUCAUUGGCAUUGUCGGUGGUGUCGUGGUGUUCAUCUUCUUGCUCAUCAUCUGCAUCUGCAUCUGCCGGCUGAAGAUGAACAACGAUAGCUACCAGCAUCAUCACCAUCAGCACCACCGUGGGCCACCGAUGGCAAUGGGUGUCCCCGGUACGCUCCAGGUGAACUAUACCGGCGGCAAGAAGGGACAGCAGGCGGCGGCCGCGGCAGCAGCAGCGGCAGCCAUGUACCCCACGCUCGGACCCCAGUACGCCCAGAGCUACGCCACGCUCCCGUACAAACCGAACGGGUCGCCGACGCAAGCCCGACCCAGCUACUCGACCAUCGGGCGAAUACCGUACCAGUACCAGAACCACUCGCUCAUGUCCAGCCAGUCGGCACACCACCAUCACCAGCAGUCGUCCGGUCCGGGAACGCUCACACAUUCUUCUCACAAUCCGUACAUUGUGUACCAGGACGAUAAGGUUUACCGAUAG